UUUGUUAUUCUUACAAGAUGUCUGUUCCUGUUGCUUAUAACGAUAUCGGCAAAUCCGCCAAGGACCUUCUCUCCAAGGAUUAUCCAGUUGGAGGUGUAAAGCUUGAAGUCAAGACAACUGCUAUCAAUGGUGUGGUCUUCAAGGUCAAUGGUCAGAGAGAUAACAAGUCCGGCCACAUCGUCGGUGACAUCGAGACCAAGUAUGCCAACAAGCCCAACGGUCUCACUUUUACCGAAGCCUGGACUUCAUCGAACCAUCUCAACGGAAAGAUCGAACUCGACAAUAAUAUUGCCAAGGGACUCAAGCUUGAGCUUUCUACUUCCCUCCUGCCUUCCAUCAAGGAAAAAGCUGCAAAAGUGAAUGCUAUUUACAAGCAGCCUAAUGUACACACUGUCGCCUCUCUUGAUGUAUUCAAGUCCCACUUUAGCGUAAACUCCGUUGUUGGUCAAAAGGGUUUCUUGGUUGGUGGUGAGGUCGCCUACAAUGUACUUGAGGGAAAGAUCAACCGUUACAGUGCAGCCAUUGGCUACAGUACCAAGGUUUAUUCCGUUUCUGUUCAAGCUACCAACAACUUGACCCACUAUGCUGCUUCUUACUACCACCGUGUCAACAGUGACAUUGAGGCCUCUGGUAAGGCCACCUGGGAUUCUCAUAGCAACAAGCCUGUGGCUCUUGAAGUCGGCGCCAAGCUCUUAUUGGACAAGACGACAUUUGUCAAAGGAAAGAUCAACAAUGCCGGUGUCCUUAGUGUUGCCUACACUCAAGCCCUCCGCCCUGGUAUUAAGGUUAACAUGGGUGCUGCCAUCGACACUGGUCGCUUCAACGAAAAUGUUCACAAAAUUGGUGUUUCUUUCACUUUAGAGAACUAAAACUUAUAAAACAAAUGCGUGUCUAGAAGUGCAUUUUUAUAGAUUCGAUAUAUUCACAAUAUACAUUGAUUAAUAAAAGAAAUAUAUUUUAUUUUGCUCUUUUU